AUUUUGAAGGUGGCUUCGCCGCGAGUUGGCGACCUAUUACCGUAAUGCCGAGUAUGAACGAAAUUAGGGGCGGCUGGCUUGACCGCAGUUACUUAUCGCGUGGCGGCUGGCUUGACCGCAGUUACUUAUCGCGUGGCGGCUGGCUUGACCUCAGUUAGCUGUGAUGAAGGAACUCAUGGUCACGUUUUGGAUUCUUCUGUCCCUUCUUCUUGUGCACUUGAGCAGUGAGCAUCCCACUUGUGAAGUCACGCAUGAUACCAAAGGUUGGCAUUACAAAAUCAGUGGGAAUGACACAGCGCCCUGCACUCGUUAUCAGUGGACCAAUGGGACGGAGCUCGUGCUGGCGACGCACAGGCCGAGGGACAAGUCUGUAAGCGACAAGGUGAUCCAAAAAUCCGAAAAAUAUCUUCAUCUUGCCGUUUGUGUGGAGGACAUUCAACGCAACAGAGAAUGCCCCAGUCAGAAUUUCUUACGAGUUGUCACAUGUCCAGUCAACUGCACGGAAAUGUAUGAAGUCUCUCGGUCUACAGUUCUUCUUGUGCACUUGAGCAGUGAGCAUCCCACUUGUGAAGUCACGCAUGAUACCAAAGGUUGGCAUUACAAAAUCAGUGGGAAUGACACAGCGCCCUGCACUCGUUAUCAGUGGACCAAUGGGACGGAGCUCGUGCUGGCGACGCACAGGCCGAGGGACAAGUCUGUAAGCGACAAGGUGAUCCGAAAUCCGAAAAAUAUCUUCAUCUUGCCGUUUGUGUGGAGGACAUUCAACGCAACAGAGAAUGCCCCAGUCAGAAUUUCUUACGAGUUGUCACAUGUCCAGUCAACUGCACGGAAAUGUAUGAAGUCUCUCGGUCUACAGGAAGAAGACUGACGAUAGUCAGCUCCGUACUGGUGCUGUUUCUGCUGCUCAUACUGUUCCUUGCUUUCCUGUGCAGAAACAAAUGCAAAUACCAAACACCUGUUUUCAUGAAUGGCAGAUCACCCGGGCCACUGGUUUGCCCUGAAAAAUUGCUGGCACACUGUCAAAAUGCACCAAAGCUGUCACCCAGAUCACCCAGGAAAAACAUUCCUGACCUCGCCGCCUCGCCACCCCAACCCAUAUAUAUAUAGUAUAAAAAGCAUCAAAUAUUGUUUUACAUCCGUACUUAGCUAUAUUCCUAAUUUCUAAUGUACCUGUGAAUGAAAACGCAAAGCGUUUGAUCAAAAUGUACGCAAGCGAUACGUAGCGAGCCGCGUACGUUCAAAUGAAGGGAGUCAGCGGGACAAUAUCCACACUCUUAUUCUUGCACAUAUCUUUUUAGAAUUUAAUAAAUGUGAUAAAGUAUAAUAUACUGUAUAAACGGGAUCAAAUGCGGUUUACACCGUCCGCAUAUCCAAUCGCGUGGUGUACGGCAGGGCAGCACUUUAAAACUUUAUCCCGGCUCACCUUAAGUCCUCUUAUUCCUUCACUUUACUCUGGAGUCAGCCACUCCUCCCUCAAAAGUCUCCAGAGAUUUCAAAAUGGUGCUGUUCGCCUCUCGACUGGAACACGUAAAAGGGAGCACAUACUGAAACUGUGAUCCCGGCCUCCCUCCACUAUCCCCCCACCCCGCCUUAUCUCUGUCUUAGCGGCUCCAUCCUCACACUCUUGCUGGGUGCCUCAGGUCACCAGACCGACAGUGUUGUUGAUAUUAUAUUAUAUGUUCAAUCUGUGCAGUUGACAAUGAAAUCUCAAGCUUGUCAAAUCAUCCUGGUGCCAAAGGGUGCUACCAAGUGUCAGAAAGCUCACUGUUAUGUUGUGGGCGGCUGCUUCCGCCACAUGGUUUCUUCAAUCUAUGCAUCAGGGGGGAGAGUGGUCGUCUUCUUAGCCAAAGGUUGUGGCUCGGACCCUGAGCCCUUGUGACCAUGACCGUGCUCCCGAUGUUGCCUCAUCAGUAGGUGACUGAGGAGAUAGUUAUAAAGCACUUUUAGAACCACCAAACAAGUGAAAACAAAAUAGGGGGGGGGGGGGGGGGGGGGGGACUUGUUUGGUAUCAGGAGCAAUAUAGCAAAUCUCAGAAGGGAAAAACAAAGCAAAAACUAGUUUUGAAUAAGGUCAUUGUCAAUUGCCUUUUCCACCAGCAAAGGAGCAAUACACUGAUUUAGAGACGUGCAACAUUUUUUUACAUCCCGAUGAUACAGAUGCUGAUAUUUUUGACAUGAAAUUAGUUUUCUGUGGGCGGCACCACCGUGCAGUAAACUGGUUAGAGCGUCUGCCUCACAGCGCUGAGGACCCGGGUUCAAUCCCCGGUCCCGACUGUGUGGAGUUUGCAUGUUCUCCCCGUGCCUGCGUGGCUUUUCUCCGGGCACUCCGGUUUCCUCCCACAUCCCAAAAACAUGCAUGGUAGGGUAAUUGACGACUCCAAAUUGCCCGUAGGUGUGAUUGUGAGCGCGAAUGCUGAAAGGAUUGUCGGUACCCCCCUACCCAGCCUUGAGGACUUGCACGCUGCCAGAACUAAGACAAGGGCGUGCAAAAUCCUCUCGGACCCUCCCCACCCUGGUCACCAGCUCUUCCAGCUCCUUCCCUCAGGUAGGCGCUACCGAUCAAUGCAAACUAGAACUAGUAGACAUUCCAACAGCUUCUUCCCACUUGCAAUCAACUUCUUGAACAGCUAACUUACAAUUCCAUUACAACAAGCUGGCAAUUUUUUGACUUGAGUUCGUUGUCACAUUUCUGUAUUAUGUAUUACUCGUGCACUCACUGUAGUUGUCUCGCCGUGCUGCACUAUUUGCAUAUAGUGGCCACUCAUGCCAGAGGAGUAUCUGUAACAUUUGCACAACCAUUGUCCCAGAUUAUCGCACUACUCGUCACUUUAAACCGCAUACACUCCUUGAAGUCUCAGUGCCCUUUGCACAAUGGUCAUUGCACCGGACUAUUGCGAUAUUAGCCAUUCGAACUGAGGACUCUGCAUCUUUUUGCACAAUUGUUGUUUGUUGUUGUUUUUUGUUAAUGUCUUUAUGUCUCCAAAGUGUUCUGUAAAUUGACUGUCUGUUGUACUAGAGCGGCUCCAACUACCGGAGACAAAUUCCUUGUGUGUUUUGGACAUACUUGGCAAAUAAAGAUGAUUCUGAUUCUGAUUCUGAAUGGUUGUUUGUUUGUAUGUGCCCUGCGAUUGACUGGCGACCAGUUCAAAUUUUUUUAUGUAGACCACACAAUUAAUUACAAUAUUAAUACAAAUAAAAUGUAUCCGGUGGCCAAAUAAAUACCCUUCAGAAUAUUUGCAGCACAGUGCAAAUAAUAAUAAUUCAAAAAAUACUAUCCAGCUCAGUGCUUCAAGUAACAUUCAAGUUUGCUGACCAUUUAUCCAGUGAAAGUAUUAGGAAAAUAAAUGACAGGAUUCCCUCAGUCGCGGCACAGUAACUGUAAUAGAUAAACAAUUGAGGAUUAUGUCAUACGCCAGGCAUUUUAUCUAUUUAUAUCAUAUAGUUGUACACUGAUUAAAAUUUGUGAUGAAAAAAAGGGAGAUUUGAUUAUUAACCAGCCUUCGUGUGAUGUGCCUUUUUUGACAACUCCUGUUGUUUGCGGGCUAUUUGAAAUCCUUCGUAAAUAUAAAACUGGAGACCCUCGCUCUUAAAGUGUAUCUGCAAAUACUUUAUUUUAAAAUAAUAAUGCAAUAUAUUGCUUUUCUUGACACUUUACAAUUUCAUGCAUUGGAUCACACCAUAUGUAUACUUAUUUUAUAUUUAAUGGUAUUCUAUUUUAUUAUUUUAAGACCAACUGUUGUUUUAAUUGUAGAAUGUGCAAAUGAAUGCUGUAUGGUUUACUUUACGCAAGAAUUGUAACUUUUGUUUUCAUGAAAAAACAAGUUAAUUCUUGUAAGGUUGCUAUUUUGUUCUCUGGAAAUAUAUAUCCUUUAUCUUUCCACUUUGUCCCCUGGUUUCGAAAGCCGGCAUUCUGCGGCUGUUCCUCCACCUGCCCCGGCUGAUUUCUUCCUUCAGCUGUUCAACCUGCUAUUGUCGCCAAGGGCUGGAGGCUACAACGCCCCUAUCUGUGAUUUAGGCACAUUUUGCAUCAUCUCAGAUGAUAUUCUUUGCACUCUUUUUGUUUGUUUGUUUGUUUCUCCAUUAUGGCUUUCAUUAUGUCGUCACAACUGGGAAACCAGCAGCGGGAAUGACACGGGACAGAUUUCGUAAAACAUCGUGAUUGUUGCAUUGACUCGAUCGCAAGUGGGCGGUUCUGUGCGUCUUGAGAAGACGUUUCGUUUCGCCUCCCAUCUGAGCAGGCGUCAUCAGUUCAUGCAGCAAGGCUUAUUUAAGACGCACUAGUCAGUAUUUGUGAGGAAAACUCAACUAUUUAUGCUCCCAAGUUAGAGGCACGCACUGGCUCAUUUGAAGAUUUUGUUUUCAAAUGUCAUCAUGGUGUCGCGUUGCCUUCCCUUCCCUUCCCUCGCUGAGCUGCUCCGUCCCUAAAGUAAGAUGACCAACUGCUCCUGAAUGUAACAAAGUGGAAGCAGAAGCUCGGAGCACAAACGAUGGAACGACGGACCUUCCUGGUGCGCAUGAGACAAGUCUCGUCACUGUCCAUUUUUAAAACUCUUCUUAAAACCCAUUUAGUAUUAAACUUUGUUUUUGUUUUAUGUCUAAAGUUGCAAGUUUUACUUUGUACUUUUGUUUCUGUUGUGGCGUUUUUAAAUAAACAGUUGAGUUGCGGGUUUCUUCAA